AUAAAUAUUGCAUUUUGUGGGGUAACAUGUGACAUUUUGACAUUUUCUAUCUUCUCCUAUUCAUCUGCUAAACCAAUUUUGGACUGAACAAAAUUCGCCAAAAGCAGUCGACGAAAUGAUAGUUUUUCGCGAAUUGGAAGUAUAAUUCAGUCGAUAAACCGUAUAAAUACUGCAUCGCAGUCUUAGUUAGAUUGUCAUGGCGUCUUCAAUUGCAUCUUCAAGUUCAGCUACUAUAUAUUCAUUCCACAGAAAACCCAUUUCGCACAACCUAAUUUUAUCCUCAUUUUCCGUAUCUUUCCCACUUCGCAAAACUCGAUUGCGCGCCGUGAAGACCGGCUCGGAUGGCGGCGGCGCGGUCGGGAGCAGCCAGGAACGCGGGGCGGACCUGUUGAGGAAGCCAGUGGCGCCGUCGCCCGCCGCCAACGACGAGGAGGAGUCGGCGGCGGAGGAGUAUUCGGAUGAUGACGGAGGUGAGGCGAAGGGCGGAGAUGGUGACACGUGGGUGGAUUGGGAGGAUCAGAUUUUGGAGGACACUGUACCCCUUGUAGGAUUUGUUAGAAUGAUUCUUCACUCUGGAAAGUAUGAAUGUGGUGAUAGGUUGAGUCCUGAACAUGAGAGAACUAUUCUAGAGAGGGUGCUUCCUUAUCAUCCAGCAUAUGAAGAAAAGAUAGGAUCUGGAGUUGAUUACAUCACGAUUGGGUAUCAUCCUACUUUUGGAAGCUCGAGAUGUUUAUUCAUAGUUCGUAACGAUGGAGAGUUGGUUGAUUUCUCAUACUGGAAAUGCAUAAAGGGUUUGAUAAGGAAAAACUACCCUUUAUAUGCAGACAGCUUUAUUCUCAGACAUUUUAGGAGGCGUAGGCGCAAUGACUGAAGGUAACGUUUUAUAUAUAAAAAAAAGGAAAUAAAAAAAGAAAAAAGAAAACUGGCUCUUCAUACCGCGAUUGGUGCCCGGGAACAUCCCUUUCCCAAUAUGGCUUAGUGUAUUACCUCUUUUCUCCUCAAUCAUCUAUCAUAUUACUGAGCUGAAAAAAUUGGUAUGUAUUAUGUUGGGAAAUAGUUGGAAACUAUCAAUCUGAAUAUAGCCGAGUUUGAUUAUGAAUGCUUAAAUGAAAAUAGUAGAUUUGUCUUUUCAUUAUCAAUUUAUUAAUUGGCAAAAAAUGCCAGGCAUUCUUUCUGAUGUAAUUUUAGGAUGAUGUUUCUUCUAUAUUUUUGUAUUAUUUGAUUUUCUUUUGAAAAGACUACCUACAUUUGUUGCUUUCCACAUCUUUUGAUUCAUAUUGUUUAUCCUCUAAAUAUUUUUUAUUUUUCUCUGUAGAUUGUUGUGAAGUUCUAUAUGGCAGCAUUUUAUUAAUUUGGGUCUUCUGUUAUAACUGCAAAUAUAGUGACAACAUGAAGAGUUCACUGCAAGCUUGCAUGAACAAAGAAAAAGUAUUGCAGUAAAAAAUCAAUUCGCAUAUUCUCAAAUUUAAUUUAAUUUUUGAAUAUGCAUCAAUAGCGAAUAUUUGAUGAGGCAAAAAUUGAUGGAUUUUAUAGGUAAGUUGCUAUUUAUCAACCGAACUUAGGCGUACAUAAAUAUUUUCUUAUAUCGUUCAGGAAUUUUUUUGGAGUGGUGGUAAAGAUGAGUUUUUAGAGGGGGUCUGGUAAUUAACGGGUAUUAAUAUAUGAGUUUUUAGACGAAAAUGGGUAAUAAAUCACUUGGUUAGGAGUAUAUAUAUUUUAGACGGGUUCUGAGUGGUUGAUCAUCACCUUAUUAUAUGGGUUCAUCGUCAUGUUUUAUAGGGAUCAAUAACUUCAAAUUUUAAAAUCCUUAUUUUUCAAUUAAUGUAAAAUGACGUCCCAUCAAAAUUCGAUGGCUACACACUAGUUUUAAUUAAACAAAAAAACUUGUGUACACUCGGGUGUACAGUACACUCUCAUUAUAUUUGACUCAAGCCCUAAUCUUUCCUUGACCCGCUCCAGACCCGCUUGUAAUUAAAAAAACACACACACACACACGCACAAAUUCUCUCGUGGCCGCUCGGAUCCUCCUUCCGCCGAUUUUUUUAACUUCCAAAGCCUAGAAGCUUCGCCUGUAUCGUCGCUCGAGCGCAUCACCGCCCAAGAGCUGCUCUCCUCCGCCCGCCGUCAGCAACAUCACCCACCUCUACCCUCCUCGUCGACUGGCAGAGCACAGGUUGGCAAGUUGAGGGCUUCGGCUGAGGUUUUAGACUGCUCCCAAGGAUUUUGAGGGAUGUAGUCAAUCAAGAUGGUUUGUGUUAAUUUAUUUCAAAUUUCAUUGAUGCUGGAAUGUAAAUUCUGCUGUUGAGUUUUGAAUUGCAUUGCCCAAUUUAGAGAGAGAAA